UUGUUUAUGCUCUUCUUGCAUAAUUCAUUAAUUAAUGAUAAAAUAGAUAGAGGCAGAAGUGGGAAAGAAAAAAUGAGCUUGGGCAUGACUGGUUCUUAAAUGAGGAGGUGUUUUAUUGUCACCGGGUUCUCAACAUGUAACAGAAUUAGCGAAACAGAAAAGCGAAAUGCAGUUUCUGCUGUUCUAAUUAACACUCCACUCUUAAUGAGUUCAUAACCACCCUGAAAGCUUAUAAACGUUUCCUUCAGUUCUCUCUCCUUCUCACACUUUCAUGAUACACAACAAACAUAUUCAUGAUACUCAACAAACAGACACUUUCAUAAAGAUUGCAUGAGGAAACAGAACAAAAACAGCCAUGACAAAGAGAAGGGCUUCAUCACCGAUGCGCCAACUUUCGAGGUUGAGGUCAAGACUCAUCAUCAUCCUCUGUGUCUCGCUAUGUGUACUGGCUUUACUUAGAGUAGUAUUCCAUUCUGAGUCCAACCUCCAGUCCUCCUUCCCCACCUCUCGAAGAAGGUCUCGUGCUUUUAUUGAUAUUCAGUUUGUUGGCCCUCCAAAGGUUGCUUUUCUCUUCCUGGUUCGGCGGGAUCUCCCUCUUGAUUUUCUCUGGGGCACCUUCUUCAAGAAUGGUGAUGGAGCGAAAUUCUCCAUUUACGUUCAUUCAGAGCCUGGUUUUGUGUUUGAUGGAUCAACCACAAGGUCUGCAUUCUUCUUUGGUCGACAGUUAAACAACAGCAUUCAGGUAGUAUGGGGAGAAUCAAGUAUGAUCGAAGCAGAGCGGUUACUAUUUGAAGAAGCUCUUUAUGAUCCAGCCAAUCAAAGAUUUGUCCUUCUCUCAGAUAGCUGUGUACCUCUCUACAACUUUAGUUACAUUUACAACUAUGUAAUGUCUUCUCCAAAAAGCUUCGUUGACAGCUUUAUUGAUGUUAAAGGACAUCGUUAUGAUCCAAAGAUGUCACCUACUAUACCUAAGGAGAGAUGGCGAAAAGGAUCCCAGUGGAUAACAUUGGCUCGAAGACAUGCUGAAAUUGUUGUGGAUGACGACACUGUUUUCCCCGUCUUCAGGGAAUUCUGCAAGCGAUGGCCGCCUACACCCCUGAGUUUUAGAAGGCGACUACUUGCAAUCAAUUGGAUUUUCAAGCUUCCAUUGUUUACAUUUCAGAGGCAUCGCAAUUGUAUCCCCGAUGAACAUUAUGUGCAGACACUACUUGCAAUAAGUGGACUUGACAACGAACUUGAACGAAGAGCAGUGACCUAUACAUUAUGGAAUCAGUCAACCCUAGAAGGGAAAAUAAAAUCUUGGCACCCCUUAACAUUUGAUUAUGCAGAUGCAGCUCCUCAAAAACUAAGACAAAUAAAGGAAAUCAACCACGUCUACAAUGAGUAUGAACAACACAAUGAGUUCUGCCAUACCAAUUCCAAAGUCACUCCUUGUUUCUUGUUUGCACGAAAGUUCACUCUUGGAGCUGCAAUGCGCGUCUUGAGAGAAGGUUUGGUUGGUUCUUAUGAUGUGACAGCAAUACUACGAGAUAUCUAGCCUCUGAAAUCAAACCGGAAAGGGAUGGACGGUGACUCCUUCGGCAUAAUUAAGCAACUACCAUCACAAACAAAACAUCAACAGUUGCACUUGCACACCAGUUGAACAGAUCGAAAAGAAAAUGUAUCAUGCUGGCUAAGUAAGAACAUCUCAGUGGAGAUGCCAAAUAACUAAGAUACUCAAAUUCAUGUGGCAAGUUGAAGCCAUCAUCAAACUCCUCCCUCCAGUAUGCUGUUUAUUAUGAGACUAAAUGGAAUACCAUGUACAAAAUGAAACUUCUCCUUCUCUAUGAAGCGGAGAAUGUAACGACGUCGUAACUCCACGACC